AAUUAAAAUUGUCAAAUUGUUUUUGCUGGACUUUUUGGUCUUUUGGAGCUUACUGUUGCUAUUGCUAUUGCUAUUGCUGUAUUACUAUACUGCAGAAACAGAAAGGCUUUCAAGUUUACAGCUAAUCAUUUUGUCUUUGUUUGCUGCUUGCCGUUAUUGACCACCAUCCUUCUCUUAACUCUUUCUUCAACCUUUCCUUUCCUGCCUCACUAGCAAUCUCUUUCUUUUCUUUUACGAUGAUUCUUUUAUUCUUUCUUUCUUCAUUACUUCAUUCAUCAUGCUUUCUUGUUUUUCACCCCAUUCGUUAAAUCUUGGAUUUACUUUCUUAUCAAUACUAAAUAUUAGAUAAACAGUCUUUUUCUGUCUUGGGUUGAGCUCCGAUUGAAAUUGAUCUUAGAAACAAGAACAUGAAGGGAAAGGGUGGAGUCGUAGGAAGUUACUUUGUGUUAAACACGGGCGCCAAAAUUCCUGCCAUUGGAUUGGGAACAUGGCAGAGUGGUGGGGACCUUUGCGUUGAGGCUAUCAAAACUGCAUUCUCUGUUGGUUAUCGUCAUAUCGACUGCGCUCAUCUUUAUGGGAACGAGGUUGAAGUUGGGGAAGCUCUUGAUGAAGCUUUUAAAGCUGCUUCACUCAAGAGGGAAGAUGUUUUCUUGACUUCUAAGCUCUAUUGUACUAUGAACUCUCUCAACAAGAUUGAGAAUUAUGUUAGAGUUUCUUUAAAGAAUCUUGGAGUUUCCUAUUUGGAUCUUUAUUUGAUGCACUGGCCUGAUAGCUCUGCUUUCGGUGAUGCCACUGAUCCUCCUUCCAAGUCAAGCAGCGAGUACAGGCAGUUCUUGAAUCGCUUGAAGAAAGCUUGGAAGGCCAUGGAAGGUCUAGUCGAGAUGGGUCUUGUUAAAGCUAUCGGUGUCAGUAAUUUCAACGUUCACCAGAUCAAGCAGUUGCUUAAAUUUGCUAAAAUUAUGCCUGCCGUCAAUCAGGUUGAGUUGCAUCCUUUUUGGAGGCAAGAGGAAUUAGUAAAGUUCUGUCAACUGAAGGGUAUCCAUGUAUCUGCUCACACACCUUUAGGAGUUCCCACAUCAAGUCCUGGACCAUCUGACAGUGGAUCAGGAGAGGAUGAACCUGGUACUCCUCGCAUAUCAUUUAAAAGGUCAAGAUCUGUGCAUGGACCCAUGCUAAAAUUGUCAGUUGUCUCAGAGAUAGCAGAUGUACACAAAAAGACACCUGAACAGGUUAUUCUGCGGUGGGGAUUGCAGAGAGGAACCAGUGUCCUACCUUGUAGCCUUAAGCCUGACAGAAUACGAAAAAACAUAGAUAUUUUCAGUUGGUCUCUAUCAGAUGAAGAGUGGAAUCGCUUAAACCAGAUUGAACCACAGGUAUGUUUAUUUGGAAAUGGUCCUUUAAAUAAUCUCUCAGACAGUGGCUUCACAUUUGGUAGUGGUCCCCUUCAAGCUGUGCGUGAGAUAGAAGAUGAUGUGGAAUCCAAUGCUUGAUAAUAUAAUACUGCUUUCUUUAGAUAGUGUGCACCAUUUUAUGUUAAGAAUGCAAUGAUUGUUAUAAUUGGCCAUUGUUUGUAAGAUUUAGAUUUUGUGGAUGCUGAAUAGGAAAUCAAAAUAUAGACAAUUAUCAUUGAUUGAAGUGAAUCAUUAUUCUGUGACCA